AUGGCCCCGUCGCCCGGCCGAUCUGAACUUGCCCCGGGCGAGCUGAUGUACGGCUCGCCGGUGUCCAAGGACCUCAACCUCCCGGUGCAGCCGCCGCCCAUGGCUUCGUCCGGGCUGCUGAGGUACAGAUCGGCGCCCAGCACGGUGCUCGGCGACCUCUGCGAGGACUUCCUCCCUUCUGCGCCCCGCGCCGCCAGCCCCGACGCCGGCGCCGGCGCCGACAACGUCUUCUCAAGAUUCCUUGCCGACCACCACAUCCGGGACGACAAGCCGUCGCCGGCUGCCCCCGCCGCGGUCCACUUCCCGAGUGAAGCCGACAUGGCCUCCCAGCAGAAGCAAAUGAUGUUCCACUCCCAGCAGCAGCAGCAGCAGGAGAUGGUGGGCGCCAAGUCCGGCCUCUACCGCACCGUGAGCUCAGGCAUAGAAACCGCGGCCACUGUUGGCACCGGCGGCGCCAGCGCCAGCGCCAACGCCAGCAACCUGAUUAGGCAGAGCAGCUCCCCCGCCGGAUUCCUCGAUCAUUUGAGCAUGGACAACGGAUACGGGGCCAUGCUGAGGGCUGGCAUGGCCACCGCGGACUCCCUCGCAGGUAGCGGUAGCCUGCUAAAGGGGCAACUGAGCUUCUCAUCACGGCAGGGGUCAUUGAUGUCCCAGAUCUCAGAGAUGGACAGCGAGGAGGUCGGAGGGAGCAGCCCAGAGGCUGCCGGCGGCGGCAGGGGGUACAUCCCUGGGUACCCAAUGGGUUCUGGGUGGGAGGACUCAUCUGCGCUCAUGGCAGACAAUUUGUCUGGCAUGAAACGCCCCCGGGACUCGUCGGAGCCUGGCCAGAACGGCCUUACUCACCAGUUCAGGCUGCCCAAGACGUCAUCGGAGAUGGCAACUAUUGAGAAACUCCUCCAGUUCCAGGAUGCUGUGCCUUGUAAGAUCCGUGCCAAGCGUGGAUGCGCCACUCAUCCACGCAGCAUCGCCGAGAGGGUGAGGAGAACAAAGAUCAGUGAGCGAAUCCGAAAGCUGCAAGAACUUGUUCCAAACAUGGACAAGCAAACCAACACAUCUGACAUGCUGGAUUUGGCUGUCGACUACAUCAAGGAUCUCCAGAAGCAGGUUAAGACCUCGAAAGCAUGUUCACUUGGGAUAGAAAAGAUGAGAGCUGUAAGACAGCUCUCAUUUUUUGUGGGGUUUGAACUGCAGCAGUUGAGAGGCUUAUCUACCAGGCAGUGUAGCUUUAUAUGA